CAGAACCAGAACGUGUAUUAUGCGCGGUCACUACAGCCAACCGCCAUUAUCUAGUGAACAGAAUCAUUGACAAUUCCUCAUUUUAGCUCGUAGCAGUGUUUUCGUUCUAGAACUUGAGGGACGACAUUGUUGCAACAAUGACACUCGAGCCGCAAACGACAGAAAAGAACUGCUACGACUGGAACUUGUUCGCAAAAACACCAGGUUUGAAGGAAUUUGGUCCGAAGUCCAAGAUAGAGGCGGUUGACGGAGGGACGAUUAAUUAUGUGUACCGGAUAACAAGUGACAAGAACCCCAAAUUGACUGUGAUCGUUAAACAUGGCGAAGACCAUGUUAAGGAGUUUCCUGUUCAUCCCUUACCUAAGGCGAGAACACGUGUGGAAUUCUGGGGUAUGACGAAGAUGUCUGAACUGGUUCCUGGAUCCGUACCAACUCCAUAUCUCUACCACCCCGAUCAAAAUUAUAUUGUCAUGGAAGAUCUGGGUGGCUUCGACAUCCUGCGAGACAGACUCAAUAAUGGCAACCUUGAUCUGUCGCUCUUGACUCCGUUAGCCCGAAACAUCGCGAAACUCCACCGUUCAACCCACAGAGUCACCACGGAUCCAGUCAAACAUCAGGAAAUGGAAGUAUUUUGCAAGCCAAGCGGCAUGCAGGAUCUGGGAGUGAUCCAUGUCUUCGUUGACCCCAUCGAUAGAAAAGGUUAUGGGAAGUACGAGAAGGAGGUUGAGGAGUUCUUGAAAGACCCCAAACUCGGUGGUCAUUGGGAGAAGCUGAAGAACAUCGAUAGGACCAAGAGUGACUGCUUGGUGCAUGGAGACUUCCACACUAGCUCUGUCAUGAUCAGGGGCUCCACUGUCAAGAUUUUCGACUUCGAGUUUUCCCACAUGGGACCUGCUGGGAACGAUUUUGGCCACAUGUUGGCUAAUCUUUACAAACCAUACCUGGACCACAAGCUGUAUCCUCUCAAAGAAGACUCGACAUUCCACGAGAGACUAGGCGAGGAGAUCUGUGAACUGGUGGAUAUUUAUUUCAAGGAGGCUAGGGAGUACCUGAACGAUGAAGAAUACGAACAGACGGUAUCCGAAACGGCUGGAUUCGUCGGAGCCAGAAUGAUUCGAAGGGUUUGGGGCUUAAUGGAACUCGGCGAAAGCCCAAACCAGCCCCUGACAGAAAAAGAACUACUCCGAAUCGCCUACAAACUCAUCUCGGACUUUGAGAAGAUCCGAACAACGCGACAACUGAAAGACUACAUGUUUGGCGGGAAAGAAUAGGGCGCCCUCUUCCACUGAAAUUCAUGAAAGUGGUUCACAUUUUUAAUGCGCGAUUGUAUACUGAAGUAAUAACAUAGAUGAGAUUACUGUGAGUGUGUGCUUCGGGGUGUGACAGCCCUCCAAAUAAAUUUGAAAAUUGGGUGAUUUUGAGAGCAUUGCCCUAGGUAUGAGCUUUUGAAUGGGAAAUGGAAGUAGAAAAUGAUUCAUUGACAGUACAUGAUCGUUUAAAAUUGAUUGAAAAUUAUGCAUCCUGCUCCUGCACAGUGUAAAUUAUAUCAGUCUUUGCAAAUACAACAUAAGGAAAACAACGUGCUCGUCAAAUUUAUAAAAUAAACGAACUAUUUAAUGUAGGACUUCUUUGCUGUUGCCUUUGUACUACUCUACUCGAACAAAACGUGAAAUGUGCACUCUGUGAUGAUAGAAUUCUGUGCAAUUCCUCAUUAUUUUAAAUUUAGCACCUCAAAACUAAGAGUAGACGACAAUUUAAAACAAGAAAUGAUUGUGGAUAUGAGUGCGCUUGGCUUAGUUUCAGGUUUUAGUUUCAGGUUUUAAAUAAGUUUAAACUUGAAGGCCGAAGUUUAUAAAGCAAAUUCUGUAUAUACAUGUAGCUAGAGCCAUGUUUCAUUCACAUCGUUUUCAUGAAAUCAAAAAACAAACCACACACACAAACAUAGGUGGAGGCAUUGCCUUAUUUUUAUGACAAAUUUAAAAACAAAGGCAUUGCCUUAUUUUUAUGACAAAUUUAAAAACAAGCGCACAGUCGAUUAAAUAAAAUAAUGGAUGAUGUUUAUCAAUUCAUUCUGCAAACAAAUCACUUUCUUCUACCGCAAUCUGUAAACUUUUGGCCAAAUGUGACGUCACUAGUUCCGAAUGAAAACCCUACAUAAAAACAGCUAUUGAUUACACUCAUCGUGCGUUUACUUGCAACAUAUUAUAUUUCUCAUUUGAAUGAUUUUCAUCCGUAUUCAUGGGCGUCGCCGGGAUGGAGCAAGUGGGAGGGGGCGCUUUCUUCCUCACCCCCUCCCCCUCCCCUGGAAAAGCAGAACAAAACAAAACAAAAAAAGAGGUGUGA